ACUCUUAUCGCCUGCAUUAGGUCAUGUUAACAUCGGUCGGCGCGCCAUGAAGCCAAACACUUUGUACCAUUUCUUCGUUGGGAGGUUUUGUGAAAGGGGCAACAUCUUGCAGAAUCUUCUGUAUUAGCUGACAGCAGUUGGUGAGACAUUGACACCAUCACCAGCCAUUAAGAUGUCACGUUCCAAAGAUGAUCAGAAGCAGGAUGGAAGAGGACAGAUUGAUUCAGUUCAUGAUGACGACAAAAGUAAUUUCAAGACAAAGUCAGGAGAAGACUCAUCGGAUGGAGAUUAUAAACACAUUCCACUGUCUUCAGCGACAAAAGUACAAGGGGAUGAUUCAGGAGAUGUUGAGGAUGGACUGUUGGGGGAUGGAGGUGAUGGAGGUGAUGGUGGAGCAGUGGCAGGUAGUGCACGGCCUGAAGAGGAUGCCGGUCUUCCCAUUGACCAUGGUUGGGCGUGGAUGGUAUUAGCAGGUAGUGUCCUGAAUGUGUUUAUGAUAGUGGGAUAUGCCAAAGCUAUUGCAAUAUUCUUUGUGGCAUAUCUGAAGGAAUUCGAGGCAUCUGCUGCCACAACAACUCUAUUCAUGGGAGUUAUGGCAGGAACGUCCAGCUUAUCGUCACUCUUUUCCAUGAACGUGAUUCUACAACUGAUUGGAGAGAGGAAAACUGUAAUCAUCGGUGGAACAAUAGCAGUUGUAGGAAUGCUGACAGCCGUGUUCGCUACCAGUAUUACGUACCUCAUCUGCACUCACAGCAUCCUAAUGGGUAUAGGUCUUUCCAUGACUCACGGCCCCGCACUGGUACUGAUUGGAAAGUACUUUAAGAAGAGAAGAGGCAUCGCAACAGCAGUUGCCAUGUCUGGAAUGAGUUUGGGGGGCAGUGUCUUCCCACCUCUAGUGAACUUCCUAUUGGGUGAAUAUGGAGUCAGAGGAAGUAUGUUGAUCCUCACAGGGCUGACAAUGAACGUCUGGGUCGGGGCAGCCUUGUUUAGACCAUUAAGUUAUUUCCAAAAGAAGGCAUUAAAGAACAGAUCAGUCAUGAAUAAAGAACAUGGAGAUGAAGAUGGUGAUGUUGUACAAAACUCUUCUGUUAAGAUGGCCAUCGACGAGGCUAGUGGAAAUAAUGCAGGUCUCAGUCAAAUGGACACAUGCAAAGAAAAGGUUGUUCGUGAAAGAAACAGACCUGAUUUGGCGAUUAGUUUUGGAUCACAAGAACAUGAUCUUUCCGAAUAUCAUCUGAGAAUGUACACAAGCAACCCUGAUUUGACAUCAAUGUCAUUGGUGGAUAUACGAGAGGUUCAUUCACAAAAGUAUGGCGAUGAACAAGAAACAAGGCUACACAAAAGUGCGUGCAUGCAUGUUAAACAAGCUUUCGCAGCAUUUGACUUUUCUUUGUUCAAACAACCAAUGUUUCGGCUGAUUGCCGCAUUUUCUCAUUUUGGUAUGGUGUUUACAUUAGCAGGAGCAUAUCUUCCUGCCCUGGCAAAUGAAAAAGGCAUUCCACCAACAGUGGCAGCCUUUCUGUUGACUAUUACAGGUGUGCUUGAUUUCUGCGGUAGACUGGCAGUUGGGUUCGUCGCUGAUCUCAAAUACAUCAAAAUCAAUCAUUUGAUGGCUAUUGGAAUAGUAAUAUCUGGAACAGUGGCUCAAUUCGCCUCUUUUUACAACACGUACCCACUUUUAAUCGUAUUCUCCGUGCUUGCCGGGCUCUUUGGCAGUUUUUAUAAUUGCCUGAUUCCUAUUGCCAUUGUUGAGUUUAUGGGACUGAAACACAUGGCCAAAGCUCUUGGAUUUAUAGCUGUGUUUCAUGGGCUUGCAAUGGGGCUGACACAUCCAAUCAUGGGGGCAAUCCGUGACCUGACUGGCUCGUACAACUUGUGCUUUAACUAUAUUGGAAUAUGCAACUAUAUCUGUGCCAUAUUGCUUCUGUGCAUACCACUAGUCACAAAGAAGACACCAACGACACCAACGACGAAGGAAUUGGAAGAAGGCCUUGGAUAUGUUGCUCAGCGUUGUCAGAGCCCUUUCAUUAGCGGAGGCGAGGGGACACAAAGACUUCUGUUUGAGGAUACAUACAGGUCCAAUGUGCUAUCAACAGCAGUAAACAUGACACAAGAUUCAAAAACGUGUCGAAAGGACGAAGCUGACAGAGACGGACAUGUAGUUGUGACACCAGAUACAAACAACGGAAAACUGUUCAUACCGAAGACGGGAGAGGUCGUUGAUGGGGAAGACAGUUUGUUGGGAACGGUGACAGAAGAAGGUGGGACUGGAGCUGGGGUAGAUGCCGAGAAGCUGAACAUGUUGCAUGAUGGUGGUAAUGGCGAGCUACCAGAUGACAGUCAACCAGAGCAAGAGGAUGAUGGUGUACCUAUCGAUCGUGGAUGGGCUUGGGUAGUGUUAGCAGGGAGUUUCCUGAAUGUUGUUUUAAUGGUUGGGUAUGGACGGUCCAUUGCCAUAUUCUUUGUGGCAUACUUGGAAGAAUUCGAGGCAUCUGCUACAAAAACAACCUUGUUCAUGGGUGUGAUGGCAGGGACGUACAGUAUAAGUUCUCUCAUGUCGAUGAACAUAAUUCUGCAACUGCUUGGGGAGAGAAAAACUGUACUUCUUGGUGGGACUAUAUCAGCUGUAGGAAUGCUGACAGGAGUUUUCGCCACCAGUAUUACAUACCUCAUCUGCACUCACAGCAUUCUCAUCGGUAUAGGGCAUUCCAUGAUUCAUGCUCCAGCAUUGGUAUUGAUCGGAAAGUACUUCAAGAAGAGAAGAGGCAUUGCCACAGCAGUUGCCAUGUCUGGAAUUAGUAUUGGGGGCAGCGUUUUCCCACCCCUUGUUCGUUUCUUAUUAGAUGAAUAUGGUGUCAGAGGAAGUAUGUUGAUCCUAACAGGGCUGACAAUGAACAUGUGGGUCGGGGCUGCGUUGUUUAGACCAUUAAGUUUCUUUCAAAAAAGGAUACCAAAAAACCCAUCCGUCAUGAGUGAAGGGCGAAAACAUGACCAAAGACAAGGCAAUGAAAAACAUGGAAAUGAAUAUGAUGUGGUUCGAGUAUGUUCUGUAAAGGAACUCACUAGUGUUAAUGGUGGACAAGCAGUUGUCACAUUUGCGAGUCAAUCAAAUAGAGCAGAGGGACAGACUAGUGCAAUUAUCCGCAAACGUACAAGACAAGAAUCAGUUGUCAGCAUUGAAUCACAAGUAGAUUCCCUCUCAGAAAGCCAGAUUAGAUUGUACACAAGUAACCCAGAUUUGACAUCAAUGUCAAUGGUGGAUAUUACAGAAGUUAAUGCUGAAUCAGUUGACAAUGAACAGGAAUCAAAAGAAGCCAAAAGUUGUGGCAUGUAUGUGAAACGAGCCUUAUCAGCAUUUGACUUUUCCUUGUUCAAACAACCAAUGUUUCAGUUGAUUGUUGCAUUUGUUCAUUUUGGGGUAAUAUUUGGAUUGGUUGGAAUCUACCUUCCUGCCCUGGCAAAGGAAAAGGGCAUCUCACAAACAGAUGCAGCAUAUUUGUUGACUUUGUCGUGUGUUCUGGAUUUUUUCAGCAGACUUGCUGUCGGGUUCGUUGCCGAUCUCAAAUACAUCAAAAUAAAUCAUUUGAUGGUUAUUGGAAUACUUAUAUCUGGAAUGGCAACACAGUUUGUCUAUUUUUUCAACACGUAUGCUCUUCUCGUCGUAUUCUCUGUGAUUGUCGGACUCUUUGGCAGUUUUUAUCACUGCCUUAUUCCUGUUGCCAUUGUCGACUUCAUGGGACUUGAAAACAUGGCGAAGGUUCUUGGAUUUAUAGCUGUGUUCCACGGUUUAGCCAUAUCUGUGACGCAUCCGAUCAUGGGGACAAUCCGUGACCUGACCAGUUCAUACACCCUUUGUUUCAACUACAUUGGAAUAUGUAACUUCAUAGCUGCAAUAUUUCUACUUUGUGUACCGCUCGUCAGACGUCGGGCGAACAGAAUGAAGUCAGAGAGUUCCCUUAUGGACAUUGAAGAAAACCGACCACUGAAAAGUAAUUGAUGUAUCAAGGACGUUUUGUGCAACUAUAAACGUUGAAUAAACUGUUUUACAAAGACACAUGCCACAUGUCUGUGCGUUGAACUCAUAUCUUUAUAUUAUGUGCGAGUGUUAUGCUUAUAUUUAUUUCUUUAAAUAAAAAUUCAA